GGCGGUUCGACACCACGCGCGCACGACGCUGGUACUCUUUCUACAUCACAAAAUCCUUCCAAUAUGAUUUUAAAACACAAUAGUACCCCGCGUUGCCGGCUCCGCAGUCAUGGCGGGAUAUCCGAUUAAGCUUUACUGGCCACAGCUUCAUCGUUAAUGACAUGCCUGCUAGAAUGAUGGGCGCUCGCGCCGGCGCCGGCGGCGGCGAGGUGAGCGUGGCGGACAGUCCGCUCGCCACGUUCGAGUCGCUGACGCAGGCGGCCGUCAUCGCAGUCAUGGGCGUCGCUAUCGUCGUCUCUAACUUGCUUAUCAUUGCCGCUUUCCUCAACUUCAAGGGUCUAUCCAACGAAGUGAUCAACUACUACCUACUAUCCCUAGCUGUGGCAGAUUUACUUUGCGGCUUGUUCGUGGUGCCCCUGUCGGUGUAUCCCGCGAUCACGGGCCGCUGGAUGUUCGGGGACCUUAUGUGCCGCCUGGCCGGAUACGUGGAAGUCACUUUGUGGUCCGUCUCAGUAUAUACGUUCAUGUGGAUAUCAGUGGACAGAUACCUCGCAGUCCGAAAGCCACUGCGUUAUGAGACGGUUAGUGCAACGGUUCAAACUCGUACUAGAAGCCAAUGCUGGAUGGUGUUUACUUGGAUCUCCGCCGCUAUGCUGUGCUGCCCGCCUCUGCUCGGAUACAAAAAGGAAGCUAACUUCGACAAGGAAACUUUUAUUUGCAUGCUGGACUGGGGCACUACGUAUGCCUAUACUGCUACCUUGGGAAUUUUAGUUCUUGGUCCCAGUGUCAUAUCGAUCGUAUAUAACUAUUUUUACAUAUUUUCAAUGAAACGAAAACUGAACAGUGGAGCGCCUAUUCAUGACAAGGAGUACGCAACUGCGUUAGCGGAAAACCUCGCCAAUCCCAGUCAUUGGAUGAGCUUUAUACUUGUUUGUGCUUUUUGGUUGAGUUGGGCUCCCUACGCAGGUGUUAGGUUCUAUGAGUAUAUCACUGACCAAGAGCUCAAAAUUCCCAUGUUGCACUUUGGGGUUGUGUGGCUCGGGAUACUGAACUCGUUUUGGAAAAUUGUCAUUUUGAUAUCGUUGAGUCCUCAAUUCCGCCUCGCGCUCAGAAUUCUGUGCCUCACCGCUUGCUGCCGCACCAAGGGACGCCUGCAAGCCGAACUCAUAGGCAUGGAUAACGAUGAUUAGGUUUAUUG